AUGAAUGCCAAAGACAAAAAACUUGUUAUCUUCGAAGAGGCGAUGCAAAGGAUCUACGGGCCGUACCCGAUAGAUACCCCUAACCCUGGGUCCUGGCAACCUCCUAUCACACCAGGUGCUGGAGGGCAUCGCGGUCGGUAUCUAUGGACAGAUGCCUUUGGGGUCAUCAAUUUUAUUACUUUAUCUAGCGAAAAACGUGAGAAGGACGAGGUGAAGCUACAAGAGCUCUACUUAGGGUUAGCUAGGCGAUUAGCUGAGACGGUUCACUCCGUCCUUGGUCGUACACGGGACGGUACUUCGCGGCUCCCGGGGGCAACUGACGAGGAACCCCUGAAAGGCGGGCUGCGAAUUGGGAAAUUGGAUGCAGAUGGUCCUGAUGGCGAUGGUCAAUAUCACCAUUACCUAACUCUCUGGAUGUUCGCAUUGAACCGACUAUCAUUGGCAACGGGCGAACCGCGUUGGAACGACCUUGCGGUCCAGCUAGCAAAAGCCAUCCAUCCACAUUUCAUGACGAAAAAGGGUGGCCAAGAGAGCAUGGUAUGGAAGGUCUCGAUGGACAUGCACCACGCCCUCGUCGGUAGCAAGGGCCAUCUAGAUGACAUAGAUGGGUUUGUUAUAUACCAAUUACUCCAGGAUACAGCAGAUUUACUUAACCAGAACAAUGCCACCACUAACGGCACAUCUCCAACCCCAUCGCUAAACACGGAGAUCGAACACUACCGUCGAAUCAUGGACAGUCACCCUAAAUCUUUAUCUGGGGAUCCACUAGAUCUCGGUAUGAGCUUGUGGAUCAGUCACUUCAAUCGCGACGCAGAAUGGUCUCGCGAGCUUGCUAGAGAGGGUCUUAUUAUCGCGGGAGGGCGCUUUCUACCCGCAGCGCAGAGCCCAGUGACUGCUAGCCGACGACCGUAUCGACUCGCAUUCCGCGAGUUUGGCGGCUGUCUUGGAAUUAAAUGCUAUGUGGAGGAUCCAAAGCAGCCAUUGCACGUAGGCACGGAAACUGUUCUGGAUGCGUGGCAAGGGAAGCUCCUUGACACAGCGGAUGAGGACCUACGGCCGAUCAACUUGGCCAUGUAUGCUGCGGCGUUAAUUCCUGGAGGUGAGUUGCACAUUGGUUCGAGCUAA